CUUUAUUUAAACAGUCUGCUUGGUCUGGUUUCAUUUUGCUAUAUUGUUCUCUUUUUCUCUGUGCUAGGGUUUUAUUUGUCUCCGCAUAAAGAAAACUAGGGUUUGUGUGUGAGGUAGGAAUGGGCAGGUAUCGAAGCCGGAGCAGAAGCUAUAGUCCUCGGCGACGAAGCAGAACCCCGCCGCCACCUCCGUCGCGUGGUCGCAAGCGCUAUGUCGAUGACCGGUACGGUGACAGCAGGUCAUACAGGGACCGCCGCUCACCUCUUCCUUCUGGUUUACUCGUUCGCAAUCUUCCCCUUGAUGCCAGGCCCGAGGACCUUAGGAUCCCUUUUGAGCGCUAUGGUCCUGUGAAGGAUGUUUAUCUACCCAAAAAUUACUACACUGGUGAACCACNGGGCUUUGGAUUUGUGAAAUAUCGAUAUGGUGAAGACGCAGCUGAGGCAAAACAACAUCUUAAUCACACUAUCAUUGGUGGACGUGAAAUAAGAAUUGUUUUUGCUGAGGAAAACAGGAAAACUCCUCAAGAAAUGCGUCUUAGUUCUCGAGGAAGAAGGAGAAAUCGAUCUAGAUCCCCACAACGUCGACAUCGCUCCUAUUCUCGGUCUCCAUCACCUGCUAGGGAUGAUUCAAGGUAUGGGUUUUUGCCAAUAACAGUCUUAUUUUCAUUUUAUUUAUUUUUAUUUAGCAGGCUUGUAAUUUUGGGAUAUUUUUGCGUGAACUACUAUCUAAUUUGACUAAAAUGAUGGUGGUGCUACAUUUUAUGGUAUUUGGGAUACUGAAACAGUAUUUAUUGGAGUUUAGAAAUACUUACACUUUCUAAACUGUGACUUGUGACUGUUUUCAUUUGAGCUGCAUUAUGACAGUUUUCAAAUAAUCACAAAUGAAUAUAACAUAUUAAUGAGAUGUUUGAUUGCGUUAUGGUCCGAGUUGCUCAGCAGAGCUUUAGGUGGUGAAAGUGAAUGUUGAUGUUUUGUCACGAAUGUAAAUAAACCACGGAAGAAGAGUUUUGCGGGCUGAUUUUUUACUUAUUUGAAACCUUUCUUGUUUCUGUUGCCACGCAGUCUUAUGGAAGUUGGAACUGUGAUAUUCUUACUAACCUGAAACCGUUUCUGGUUUUGAGUAAUUAACUGUCUUUACCAUACACCCAAUAUUUCUCUUUGAACUGGAUACGUCCUUUAUUAUUAAUAGGUUUCGUGUCAAGGCCUCUACUUUAUGUUGUUUACGUUGCACAAUGGAGUGAAACUAAUGUCUUUUAGUUUAAUUAAUGAUGUAUUUCAUUUGUUUGGGUGUUUGUUUGGAAGUUUCAAUGUUGCCCUCGAUCUUAUUGAAAAUAUCUUUUAGCAGAACACUUACUGAGUUCGUUAUUAGGUUCGUUUUCUAAUUUAACAGUAUGUCUUGGUGUUCUGUUAGUGUCUCUGUACUGAUUGACAGUCAAAGAAGCUACCUGAUUUAUAUUGAUGUUGAUAAUUCUACUGUUUCCUUCAGCUAGAGUAUAAUUUCCAGGUUUACUUACACUUAGAAGGGCUCCCAGUCAUUUGACGUUGACAACGCUCCUUUAAUGUGUUUAAAUGAAUUGAAUGAUAUCUGCU